UUUACCGAGAUGAAAAGUGCUGAAAUUUAUAAUGUCUUAAAAAAAUCCCCUUAUCUAAAGUGUUUUAACAUAACAAUCACUAAUACGUAGCUAAAACAGCCCAUCAUUAUAACUUACUAUGGGGGGUAGCAAAAGGGACAAAAAAGAUAGAGAUGAGAGAAGGUCAAAGAAAUACAAGUCUGAUAUGGACUUGCAUUCGCUGGAUGCUGAUGAAGACAGCAUGGAUGUCGACACUGGAGAUGGAGUUGUACCUGAUGCAGCUAAUCUGCACGUGUCAGAGACAUCCAAAGAAGACGAGUUUGGGGCUAAGGACUACAGGAAGAUCUUGGACCUGAAGCUAGACCAUGCUUCUAGGCCACUGUGGGUGGCCCCAGAUGGACAUAUCUUCUUGGAAGCUUUCUCUCCGGUUUACAAACAUGCACAUGACUUCCUCAUUGCCAUCUCAGAGCCUGUGUGUCGCCCUAGCCACAUUCAUGAAUACAAGCUGACUGCCUACUCCUUGUAUGCAGCCGUCUCUGUGGGCCUGGAGACAAGAGAUAUCAUUGAGUACCUGCGACGAUUGUGUAAAACCACCCUGCCUUCAGGCAUUGAGGAGUUUAUCAAGCUGUGUACAUUGAGUUAUGGGAAGGUGAAGCUGGUGUUGAAACAUAACAAAUACUUUGUGGAGAGUCAACAUCCAGAAGUUAUACAAAAGAUGCUGAAAGAUCCUGUUAUUCAAGAAUGUAGAUACAGGCCUGAGAUUGAGGAGGGUACCGACACAGUCGCUGGGGACAAACUGUUAGAGGAGAGUGUCGCUAAAUCUGCCACCAUACAGUUUAACAUGCCAUCUGUGAAUGGCCAACUUUCAGCCAGUGCCAGCAGCUCCCAACUUUCAAUCUCCCAACCUGGCCCGUCUGGUGAAAAUGGGGAAAAAACGGGAAAUGCGGAAAGCGGGAAGGAAGAGGUCCCACUGGAUAUUUUUGACUACUAUGACAAGAUGGACAAUGAUGAUGAAGACGGUGAAGAUUUGAAGACAGUAUCAUUUGAAGUAAAGCAGGAUAUGAUUGAAGACAUUCAAAAAAGGUGUAUAGAACUUGAAUACCCUCUGCUGGCAGAGUAUGACUUCAGGAAUGACACUAUCAACCCUAAUAUAGAAAUAGAUCUGAAGCCCUCCACAGUAUUACGACCAUACCAAGAGAAGAGCCUGCGUAAAAUGUUUGGGAAUGGAAGAGCACGAUCAGGAGUUAUCGUCUUGCCUUGUGGGGCGGGAAAAACCCUGGUCGGAGUUACGGCUGCUUGUACGGUCAGAAAGCGGUGUCUGUGUCUCGCGACAUCAGGUGUCGCUGUGGAACAAUGGAGGUCACAGUUUAAGAUGUGGUCCACGGCUGAUGACAGUAUGAUCUGUAGAUUUACAUCUGAUGCUAAAGACAAGCCUAUAGGUAGUUCAAUAUGUAUCAGCACUUACUCCAUGUUGGCUCACAGCACAAAGCGAUCGUGGGAGGCGGAGAAGGUCAUGGAGUGGAUGAAAAGUCAGGAGUGGGGAAUCAUGAUCCUUGAUGAGGUACAGACAAUACCAGCAAAGAUGUUCCGUCGUGUUCUCACCAUCGUAAAUGCCCACUGUAAACUUGGCUUGACGGCCACCCUAGUCAGAGAGGACGAUAAAAUCGCUGAUCUCAAUUUUCUCAUUGGUCCGAAACUUUACGAGGCAAACUGGAUGGAACUGCAGAACCUGGGAUUCAUUGCUAGAGUGCAGUGUGCCGAGGUGUGGUGUCCCAUGACUCCAGAGUUCUACAGAGAAUACCUCACAACAAAACAACAGAGGAAACUGUUGCUGUAUGGUAUGAAUCCCAACAAGUUCCGAGCCUGCCAGUAUCUCAUUCGAUACCAUGAAAGAAGAAAUGACAAAAUCAUCGUGUUCUCAGAUAAUGUGUUUGCCCUGAAGAACUACGCAAUUAAGCUGAACAAACCUUAUCUGUAUGGUCCAACCUCCCAGGGUGAGAGACUCCAGAUUCUACAGAACUUCCAACAUAACCCAAAAGUCAACACCAUCUUUGUCUCAAAGGUAGCGGACACCUCCUUUGACCUGCCAGAAGCCAAUGUGCUGAUUCAGAUCUCCGCACAUGGUGGAUCCCGCAGACAAGAGGCACAGAGACUGGGGCGUAUCCUCAGAGCCAAGAAAGGUGCGGUGGCGGAGGAGUACAAUGCAUUUUUCUACUCGCUCGUCUCACAAGACACGAUGGAGAUGCAGUAUUCGCUGAAGAGACAGAGAUUUCUGGUGAACCAGGGAUACAGUUACAAAGUCAUAACUAAACUGGCAGGAAUGGAGGAGGAGGAGUUAUUCUAUGGCACAAAAGAAGAGCAGGCCAAAGUUUUACACAUGGUAAUAGCAGCUUCAGAUCAAGACGCCGAGGAAGAGAGAGUAGCCGGAGAGUUAGUUCCAGGAGGAAAAUCUGCGUUUGGUCGGAAGGUUGGCAGUAUGAGCUCGAUGUCCGGCGCCGAUGAUGCCACAUACAUGGAAUUCUCCAGGAAAUCCAACAAACAUCUUCACCCACUUUUCAAAAAGUUCCGAAAAUGAUGGGUUCAAUAUAUUUUGGCUAGGACAGCUAGGAACAUUCAGUGGAAUUAAACAUUCAGUGACGUUUUAUGCUAACUACGGUACUCAACAUUUGAAGAACAUGCAGAUCGGUUUAUGGAUUUUAAGAUUUCUGAAAUUCAUUAUUUUCAAAUUAUCCUUUUCUUGGUCGCAGACGCAUAAAUUAUCCGAAUUUGAUAAUUUUGACAUUUUUGAUUAGUUAACAUAUUGAUCUGUUAGGGGGACACAUAUUGUAUUUCAGAGAUGGGGUUUUGUGAACAAUCUUACAAGGAAUAUAAAUGUGAAUUUGUUAAGAAUACUGUGCUAUCUUUAGCCAUUUAACUUAUGCAUUUAAUUGUAAAUAUAAUGGAUCAUAGCCAGAGAUCUAAUGUCACAAAGCUAUUGUAUGUUUAUACCCUUUUGUAAAAAAGGCCCAGAUCUAUUUUGCAUGGUAACUGUUUUUUGCCUUGAAAAAUGUCUCAUUUUGCUGGAAAUAUGAUAAAACCAUACUUUGUAACUGAUUAUGAAUUGACUGGAAUCAGUUACUUGUUGAAUAAAUUGUAAAAUUACAA